AUGGAUGGGACAGACGACUUCUUGAAGCCUGUCACCGUGAACGGCGAUGAGGGUCUCAUCAAGGAUGGCGACACGCUCUUCUUCUUCAACUACUUCUCUGACCGGAUGCGGGGGAUUGUCACCCGCAUCAGAACCAUGCCACAAUACAACGCCGAAUUCCCCUUCCCGGUUGCUUUUCCGCCGCAACCGAUGACGACUGUCAUUCGGCCCGCGAAGCAGGGCAUGAAGCAGGCAUACACGGCCGAAACCGGGACACAUGCACACGUCACAUCCUUCUUCAACGGCGGUGUUGAGAAAUAA